AUGAAGUUAGGUUAUAACCAAUUAGUGGUGUUGAUCACUGCUACACUAUUAGGAAAUGCUAGUGCUGAUAUACUGAAAGUUAACUUGGGUGGUGAUAAACUUGUCAAAAGAGGUUUCAACCAAAGUAGCGUUGAGCCUAUCACUGGUAAACAUAUUUUUGAAGGUAAAUUAGAAGUUGGUACACCUGGUCAAGAAGUUACCGUCUUAUUUGAUACUGGGUCAUAUACUUUUGCAUUAAAUUAUAAAGAUAGUGAAUUUUGCAAGCAAAAUGGCUGUUCCCAAUAUGGCUCUUAUGAUCCUUCAAAAUCUUCAAGCUCUGUCAACACAACAGAUCCAUAUACUGCAUCAUAUCUUGAUGGGUCAUCAGGCGGUGGUCAUUAUUUCAAUGAUACUCUUGAGAUAGCUGGAUUUACUAUAGAUGAUUACAAAUUUGGUCUACUCGAGGACACAAACAGUGACUCAAACAUUGUUGGUAUGGCUUUGAUUGCAGGUGAUGAUAAAGCUCCGGUUCUUUAUAACUUUUUGGCUCAUAAUGGAUUUACCUCAAGAAAAGUCUUUUCAACCUAUUACUCAGAGAAUUCUGGUGCUGUUGUGUUUGGUGGUCUUGAUCAAUCUAAAUACUCUGGUACUUUGGAAAAAAUCCCUGUCUUGGCUUACAACAUGUAUAUCGUGUAUUUGACUGGUGUUUCAACAGAUUGCGGUGUUGUUAACAAAAAUGGUUAUCCUGUGAUUUUAGAUACAGGUUCUGAUGGUAAUGUUAUUCCAGAUGAACUUUAUCACCAACUACAUCAAGCUAUUGGUGGUAAAGUAACCAAAGUUCCAAUUCAAAGUUAUGCUGAAGGUCCAACUGGCUCAAUUGACUCGAAUUAUGUAUUGAAAUGUGCUGAUGCUAAACCUGUCCAAUUUGAUUUCAGUGGUAAACAAGUUUCAUAUCCACCUCAACACUACUUGAUCUCACUUUAUAAUGGUGAUUCUCCUUUGACUGAUUCAGAUGGUGAUACUUUAUGUACAACUAACUUCUUCAAUGGAGGUAAAAGUAGUGAUCAAAGUCAAUUUAUUCUUGGUGCACAAUUCCUAAGAAAUUUGUUAGUUGUUUGGGAUGUUGAUAAUGCCGAAGUUUCUAUUGCUCAAGGUGCUUCCUCUGGAAGUGAAGAUUUGGUUGAGAUUACUGGUGAUGUUCCAAAAGCUGUUGCUGCAAAAGAUUACAACUCUCCUAACAGUGCUACUACUGAUACUUACUACCCUUCACCAAGCACUGAAAGUUUGUCUGUCACCACCAUUUUAACCUCUGGUUAUUAUUCUGGUUCUUUCCAAACCGCUGCCUGCACCAAAGCUUCAUCUAGCUCAAGUGCGAGUUCUAGCUCAACAACCACUUCUUCAUUAAGCUCAACAUCUUCAUCUUUAUCCGCUAGUUCAUCAAGUAAAUUUUCUUCUACAAUUUACUCUUCAGCUUAUUCAACAGUUUCAUCAGCUACUUGUCUUCAAUGUUCAGUGAGUUCUAAUGGAUCUUCAACAAUUUACAGCUCAACCUACUCAACAGUUUCUUCACCAACUUGCUUUUCAUGUGCUGUUGUGAGCUCAAGUUCUUCAAGUUCAGUUGUCUUGCCAUCUAGUGUUUCAACCUCUGGUGAAUUAACUUCGGUUUCAUCAGCCACAGCUUCAUCUGUCUCAUCAGUUUCAAGUGAACCUGUUUCCGCAAGUGUAUCAACAUAUUAUCAACAGCAAAACUCAACCAUCAUCAAGACCAUCACAUCAUGUUCUGAUAAUGCAUGCUCCAAGAUUACAACCACCAGUGUUUUUGUUCCAUCUUCAACUCAAGAAUCUGCUUCAAAAACAGAAACUAUUCAAAGCUCAUUGGAAACACCAUCUUUAUCAACUGUUCAAACCUCAUCUGCUGAAACCACAAUCUCAAAACCAUCAACCAUUGAAGCAAAACAACCAUCACAAUCAUCUGAACUCGAAAUUGUUUCCACUACCAGCUCUGCUACUGCUAACUACACUUCUGAUGGAACUUCCCAAACUGAAUUGAUCCCAGCAUCUUCUUCUGUCACGACCCUUGAUUCUCAACCCUCAACAACUUCAUCUGAAACGACUGUCGUUUCGUCAUCAAUCCCAAUCCCAUCAGCUGAGUCCACAACUACCAACGCCCCAUCCUCAAUAACACAAUCUAUUACAUCAACCCCGAUCCCAUCAUCUUCAUUAGUGCAAUCCAUAAGCUCAGACGAAGACACAACAGUCACUUUCCAAACAUAUGUCACAGUUUCUCAACAAUCAACAUCUUCCCUCUAUAAUGUUUCUUCGGUUGCAAUCUCAACUUUUGAUGCUGGUGCAAACCUUGUUGAAGUUCCUUUCUUAUUCAAAAUCUUUUCAUCUUUGUUCUAA